AUGUCCCCGCAAACACCAGACAUGUCAGCUGAAGCGGAUCGUCGGCCGGGGAAGAGACCUGCGCCAAGGGGCACAGCGUUUUAUCCCCGCAAACGAGCUAAUACAGCUUGUCAAGUCUGUCGGGCUCGGAAGACAAAGUGUGAUAACCAGAAGCCGGCUUGUUCGUACUGCGUCAGUGUGGGAGCGACGUGUAUUCAGUCCCCGGUUGAUCUAUCGGCAUUCGACCCUGCGAGUCUCAAGAUCUUGGAGCGGUUGGAUGAAUUGGAGAAGUUGAUUCGCGAGCCGAAGCCCGAUACGGCCAAUCAAGAUGUUGCGCAAGAGCUGUUGCCCGAAGAGUCUCCUAUGCAGUUAUCCCCAGAGUCUCUGGGCGACAUCUCCCUACGAAGCAUCCUCCCCGAGAAGAUGGAAAGCCUUCUCCUCUGGUCCGUCCUCUCACGCGACAUGUCAUCCCACACAACUCUCCACCCCGAUCCACCCCAGCCAUCCCCAUCGUACUCCCCCGGCUGUACAUCCCUAGCCGACAUAGCAGAUCUCGACACACAAGGUGUAAGAGCCCUUCUCGAUAACUUCUUUGAUCACGUGCACUGCAAAAACCCCAUCCUCGAAGAAGCAGCCGCCAGAAAAGUAGUUCUCAAUGUAGUCAUCGACGGGAUCGAUUGGUCGCCGGGGUCAUGCUUAACACUUAUCAUCUGCGCGCUUGGAAAGAUUGCGACGCCGCUGGAUGCGAGUUUUCAUCUGAGGGCAGACUCGACGCCGUAUUUGGAGGCUCAGGCGCUGUUUCAAGCGGCGCAGAAGAGGAUUGGGACACUGAUGGCGAGAUCGGAUAUCAUCGGAGCGCAGUGUUUCUUUCUGUCGGGGGUGUUUUUGAUGAGCACGUUUAGACCUUUUGAGGCGUGGCGGUAUUUCUCGCAGGCCUUGGCGACGUGUCAGACGUUGCCGUUCCUGCAGAGAGCGCAGUCUCUUAGUGCAAUGGAUGGGGCAGAUCUAGCGAGACCGGAAUUGGGUGAGACGCAGCAAGAAGCUGUAUACUGGUCUGCCUGGAAGUCUGAACGGGAACUACGAGGAGAACUAUCUCUUCCUGACUUUAGCAUGCCGUAUUCUUCGAGCGUGCUGUAUCCGCCAUUCUUCCCAACACCUCCUCAUCCCUUGGAGUCUACCAAGACCACGGCAUCAAGUCGUCAGCACACAGCAUGGCUAUUCUACCUCUCUGAAAUAUCCCUCCGACGUCUCUCAAGCAGAACGUGCAACGAUAUACUCGAACUCCAUCGCGCAUCAACUUCAAAUCUCGAUUUCCUCAAGCAACUCUCCCUCCUCAUCCCCGCUUACGAAACCCAAGCCAACGAAUGGGCCGAAAGUCUCCCUCCCGAACUCUCCAUUGCUUCGGCCCCAAUCGACGACAACGUAUGCUGCUUCGUCCUCCGCGGACAUCUAGUGAACUUCUUCGAGCGUCUGUACUGGCUGUUCGUAAUGGCCCAUCUCGCUGCCUUGGAACGUGGUGUAACUACACCAAUUCCAGGGCGGCAAUUUGUAGAAAAGGGCUUGGAGUACCAUAUUCUUAAUGUUGAAGUCAAUGAAGCGGGGUUCUUACAUCGUCAUCACGGAACGUGGCUCAUGAUUCGAGCUUUAGUCCGAUCAGCGACUGUGUUGCUUGCAGCGCGGCUCCUGGGGUCGGGAAUGCCCGCGGGGUGGAGGGAUGCGUGCGAGAGGAUCAUGCAGGUUUUGAGGGCCUGGGAAGAUGAUGUCCCGGGAUUGUCGAACCAUCGGAAUUUCUUGGAGGAGGUCCUGCAUGGGCUUAAUGUUUAA